AUUUGGAUUCUUAAUAGUAAAUCUCUCUCAUUUUUAUGAAUUAAAUUCAGAUUAAUAUUCAUAUAUUUUAGACUAUUUUUUAAACCCAACCUAUGUUAUUUAUAUUUCAUAUUGCAGUUUUGAAUUUUGUCAUGUUAUCAAGGUUAGCCGUAAAUCCCUCUUUUGUUUCACAUGAAUUAUUAGGGUUAUUUUAUGUUUUUAGAAUUUUAAUUUUAGGGUUAUUUGUUGUUGCUGAAAUUUAAAUUUUUAGGGUUGAUAAUUUUAAAUGACUAAACUGUGAGUACAAAUUGUAAACGACUGAACUAUGAUAAUUUUAGGGUUCUUUUAUGUUGAAAUUUUUCUGUUCUUGUAAUGGCAGUUGUGUUUUUGGAAUUGCAUUUGUACUUUUGAAGAUGCAAAUGUGAGUAGUUGUUGAACUUGCUUGCUGUUCUGAAGAUGCAGAGUUGAGAUUUGAUCCUGAAAUUUAAAUUUCUGAAUUUGUAUUAUGGAUUGAUAAUUUUUUAUUUUUAGUGAUUUAUGUAUUUGAAGCCUUCCAGAUUUAUGAAUUAUUAUUUCUGAAUAUUUAUGUUAUUGUUUAGUUUGUUUUGCAAAAAGAAGUAGGUUCUAUUAGUUAAAAUCGAAUCUAAUACAGCAAUAUGCUAAAACCGAAUUUUUUUUAACCGAACCGAACCGAUAUUUUCGGUUCGGUUCGGUUCGGUUUUUCAUAAAUUUCGGUUCGGUUCGGUUUUUGUAUAAAAAAAUUCGGUUAUAUUCGGUUUUGGCAUAUUUCAAACCGAACCGAACCGAACCGACCGACCGAUGCACAGCCCUAUGCCGGGUGUAGCAAUGUAUAAAAUUUGAAGGACUCGAUUAAACCACAAAUCUAAUUUGUCUCUAAACCCACAUAAAUAACCAGUAAGAACAUUAGAUAAUAAAUUCAUAAACGUAAAUUUAAACGAAAGUCAUCUAUUUUAGCUUAUAUUAUAAAUUUGUAUCCCGCAUUAGAAGUUAGUAUAUCACUAUUUUUAUAUUGCCACUGAUACCUGCAACUGAAAACAUUUUUGUUUUCUUUUAUCUUCACCAAAAACAUUUCUAUUUUAUAAUGUGAUGGAUGUUGAAGAAGUUUCCGCCGUCAUGGAAGCGCCUCCGGUGAGUAACGCCGCCACAAAAAGAGCCUUGCUGAUUUUGAACGGCAUCCUUUUAGUUAUAGGCAGCUGUGGUGCUCCUUUAUCAAUGCGUCUCUACUUCACUCACGGAGGCAAACGCGUGUGGCUCAUUUCCUUUCUUCAAACCAGCUGCUGGCCUCUCAUUUCAUUUAUCCUCUUCGUAAUCUAUCUUCGUCGCCGUUACAUUACUAAAACCGCCGCGGCCGCCGCCGUUAUAGGGCCACGUCUGCUGAUUGGGGCGAGUGUACUGGGUACCGUUACAGGUCUGGAAUGUUUUUGCUUCAGUUAUGCAGUGUCGCGUCUCCCUGUUUCGACGAGUGCUUUGAUAUUUUCUACACAGUUGGUUUUCAAUGCUGGUUUCGCUUUUGUUUUGGUUAAACAGAAGUUUACUGCUUUCUCUAUAAACGCCGUCGUUUUAUUGAGCGUUGGUGCUGGUAUGUUGGCGUUGCAUUCUAGUAGUGACAGACCUGAUGGUGAAUCGAAUGAAGAGUACAUUACUGGGUUUGUUCUGUGUGCUUCGGCUGCCGUUUUAGACGGGCUAAUAUUUCCGUUGGUGGAGUUAAAUUACAAGAAUUCGAAGCAAGAAAUUAGCUAUGCUCUGGUUUUGCAGUAUCAGAUGGUGCUGUGUAUCUUUGCUACUCUCUUUUCUGCUGUUGCCUCAUUGGUUAACAAUGACUUUCAGGCGAUUUCAAGAGAAGCAAGGGAAUUUGAAGUUGGAGAAACAAAAUACUAUAUGACAUUGGUGUGCAUUUCAGUUAUAACUCUGUGUUACUUCAUGGGAUUCGUAGGGGUCAUUUUUUGUUCAUCUUCUUUACUCUCAGGAAUCAUGAUAGCCGUUAGUCUUCCACUAACAGAGAUGUUGGCAGUAAUUUUUUACCAUGAGAAAUUUCAAGCUGACAAAGGUGUUGCUCUUGCUCUUUCUCUUUGGGGAUUUAUUUCUUACUUCUAUGGUGAGCACAAACACAGCAAUAUUGUGCAGAAUCCUACUCCGGAAACAGAAAUUUCUCAUUCUUCUACUCCAAUAUUAAACGUUUGAUUUGAUUAUUGGUCAAUUUUACCAUAUUUCACAUUUUAUCGUUUCAAUUGUACCCUUAAACAUUAAA